CAGAUCUCAGGAUCCUCAAGGCUUGCCAUAGUUCCAGAAGACAGAGUAGCAGCUCUUUCUGCAACUGCUACCUAUCACUUCAAAGUAUAACAAGGCAAUGAAAAUGAAGAGUGUUUAUUUUGUUGCUGGGCUCCUUUUAAUUAUAGCUCAAGGCAGCUGGCAAAAUCCUCUUCAGGAUACAGAGGAGAAAGCAAGAACAUUCAAAACUUCCCAGUCUGAACCACUAGAUGAAUCUAAACAGCUGAAUGAAGUGAAACGUCACUCACAAGGCACAUUCACCAGUGACUACAGCAAGUACUUGGACACUAGACGGGCUCAGGACUUUGUGCAAUGGUUAAUGAGCACUAAAAGGAAUGGCCAGCAAGGAGAGGAGGACAAAGAAAAUGACAAAAUCCCGGACCAGCUCUCAAGCAAUGCGAUCUCCAAGCGUCAUGCUGAAUUCGAGAGACAUGCUGAAGGCACCUACACCAGUGAUAUCACUUCUUAUUUGGAAGGUCAAGCUGCCAAGGAGUUCAUUGCUUGGUUAGUGAAUGGACGAGGAAGAAGAGAUUUCCCAGAAAAAGCUCUUGUGGCAGAAGAAUUGGGCCGAAGACACGCAGAUGGCACUUUCACAAGUGAUAUCAACAAAGUCCUUGAUGACAUAGCUGCCAAAGAGUUCCUAAACUGGCUGAUUAACACAAAAGUUACCCAAAGGGACCUUUUGGAAGAAUACCAGUAAAAAAAGCAGUAGAAAAAUGAGAUGAACGAAGAUCUUCAAUGCAUCAACUGCCAGCUAUUAACAGAUUCUGAAACCUAUAUUCUGUCAUUUACAUUGGAUGUAACAAAGCUAUGUUACCUUGCAUGCCAGGAAAUAAUUGUACUAUAGUUUAGUGUAGCCAAAGUUUUAUAUAUGGAAAAUAUACUGUCUAAGAGAUGGAUGGUUAUCUAAACAGCUUUAAGACUAUGAAAGUUCCAUAUCUUCAUAUUUUCAAUUUAUUAGGACUGAAGUAAUUCCAUUUAUAUUUAAUGAUAAAAUUAUUUUUCUAAAAAGUUGACUUCUACACGCAAAGUAUUCUACCAUCAAUUAGAUGUGCUACUUUUAAGGGGCUGGCAGUUACAAAUACCUGAGAAGUGAAUAUCCCUCUUAAAACCUUUGUUAUAAAAAGGCUAAGCUUUAAGGAUAUUAAACAAUAGCCUUAAAUAAAUUUUUUCAAGCUUCUUUUCUGUUGACUUUUCAUGUGUAUAUCCCCUGUGUCUCUUUGCACUCCAUAUCAUUUUAUUCUAAUAUUUUAGUGUCACUGAGAUCUCGGGAGUGGUUUGUUUGGAGUGAUAAAACAAACUCAACCUUUCGUAUUGUCACAUUUUUCUUCACAAGGACUCUCCAUAAAAGAGCUGUAGGAACUUUGAAUUAUCUUUAGCUGAAAAGGAAAUCAUGUAAGAAGAAGCUAGGGAGAAAAGCAGCACUAAACAGACAAGUAUUCUUGCUCCUCAGCAAAAGCAGGACAACUUUAAAAAUAUUAAGUGUGAUAUAGUCCAUUAGUAGUGGAAACUGCCUCAUUAUUCCUUCAGAUUUUACAAGACUGCCAGGAAGAAAGCCAACCCAAAUUGCCCUGCAGUCACUCUAAUCUGUGUUGCAUUUUGCUUCCUUCUUCCUCUGAGAACCACUUUGUCCAUCUUCUCUUGCAACACUGUACUGUAAUUUACAACUGUUACUGAUAUCAGUAACUUGUGCCAUCUCCAUUAUGGUGACAGAACAUUUUGCCUGCAGAUCUCAGUUUGUAGCAACCCAAACUAUUACACUCUCAGCUGGUAAGGGCAUGUUUUUGUAGGUAUGGUAGUAACUGCAACUGUCAAAUAGCCUCAGGUGCUGUUAUGCACCUCUUACUUCUGAUGACUAUCCAAACCCUCUUUUCUCCCCUCGCUGUAAUAGCAAUAUGCCAGGUAUCUAUAUUAAAAUGUACUAAAGGGCAAGUGGUUUAACAGAAAGACAACAGGCUUAGCAAGUAUCUAGUAGAAGUUGAUGUGAAACAGGAGCGUUGUUGAAUCAGAAUUAGAACCUAUAAAUUUUGCUAGGAAUAACUAAUAUGAUUUUGUGUCUCGCUUAUUUCUUAAAGGCAUUUGAAACUUUCACUAACAGUCUAGAAUUUCUGGAAAAGUAAGAUUAGAUCAUCCUCCCAAAGUGCUACAGGAACCAGUAUUCUGUAAUUUCAGAUCAGGACUGACCAUAGUCAACUUGUCAUCUCGAAUCUUGCGCCAAAAAAAAAAGUUAUAGUGUCCAAAAUACCACUAGAUAUUAAAAAAAAAAGGGUGAGGAAAAAGAAUGUAUACAUAUUUGUUGUUUAUUUAAUCCCAUUUGUACACAAUGGUUCUGUUCCAAGUGCUUCUGGAACUGAAAAAUAUUGUUAUAUGCAGUUGGAUCCAUACGGUCCAGGCUGAAACAGUACAGUUAAUUCUUCCACAUUCAAGGUUAGGCAAUUGUCUUUAAAAUGUUUUAUUCCACUAUGUCCAGGAUAUUUACUGCUCUGACGGUCAGGAUUCUUGAGUUACAAAUUCAUUUUCCUAUGGUGUCUGUCAGCAGCGUAUUUGAGCACUUCCUGAUGAUAGCUUUGUUAGCCAUGAAAGUACUGGCUUUCCCACAUUUUUAUGCAUAAGAUGCUUUUAGGAACAGAGGGGUAUAAAUUAUUUUCUCGAAGUUAUGCACCUUGUGCAAAGCACAGCAAAAAUAUUUAACCUCUAAUUUUCUGAGUCCCAAUCUAGAGCAUGAAUCAAAAGAUACCCUUUCUUCAGAAGUGAGAUGAAGUUGAGCAUGUUCCAGAUGUUCCAAACACAUUUUAGUUCAAGAGGACUAGGACUUACAUAUUCUGAAAUCACAGAGCAAGUCCAUACGGGAUCAAAAAAUGAGGUAUGUGCUGGAUCUUUCUUAUAUAUGCUAGAUGAAAUUCAGCGAAUAGUACAAACAUAGGGCAAAAUAAGUAGCACUCACUUGUUCAAAAAAGUGUCUUCACUAUACAAUAGCUGCUCAUGUGUGCAGGCUGAGAGAGGGCAGAGCCACUGCAGCACUCAAGCCUAAAAAGAAUUGCAAUUUAUAUUUUAAUCUUCAUUUUGUACUCCAGUAAGAGAGAGAGAUAGUUCUAGACCCUACAUGCUGUGAGUGGUACAUUAGCAAAGAAAUUUAGGAACAGAGUGGACUGAAGAUUUCUAUUAAAUCACACUUGGUUUUCAAAGUCUUCAAGCAAUGGAGGAACAGAGGUCAAUUAUGUUGAUUGCAUUGUCUGUGGUACUGCUGCUUGUAUGGGGUGCUUCAAUUUGCUCCCAGCAAACAGAGCAAGGGAAGCAGGACUGCCUAAGGGAAUCACGCUCCGGACCCUGUUUCAACCAUGUUUCAGCAUUACCCAAGAUGGCUAUGCCCUCUUCCACUCCUGGAAACAUUUAUUUUCCUGCCAAGGACCAAAACUCUGUGCAGCUUAUUAAAAUCAUAUGCCCUGGUUUGUAUAGAACAGGAUGUUCUUGACUGGCAUGCUAUAAAAGAGAGCAUUGUUGCAAUGCUCCUUUGCACCUGAUCUGAUAGUUAGGAUAUGGGUCACAUCUUAUUUAAAAUACAUUGUAAAUGUAUCAUAGAUGCAGUUUCUGGAGCAUAAACGUAACUUUUUUUGUUUUCAUUCACUUCACUGACUUCUUCUCUCUACUAGAAAACCAAACCUUUUAUCUUCUUUAAGUCGUACAAAAACCGUGCUGCUGGCCCAGCUGUUUUGCCUCUAUUGUGUAUGUACACCUUCUACAGUCCUAUAUUCAAUGAACUCAUGUAUGUAUCUACAGUCCUUUGUGUAUCUUCACA